GACCCUCGCGGGGCGUUUUGCAAAGAAGACUGCAAGCGCGUCCGUCCUUUCUACACUGCCCGAUUCUACACCCUCCCCGCCCCUCCGGCGCUACGAGCCUUAGGCUGAGCCUUUCCAGUAGUCCAAGAGGCUGCAGGGAAGCCUUGCACGGAGGGAGAUCAAGACCUGACUCCGGAGUUCAAUAUAUAAAUUGGAAAUCUUUCCUGGUUCCCUUGGAAUCCAAAGUAUCUUGUGUGGGAAGAGGGCUAAAUGGCAUUUAGGAGUUCUGGCUAGACGUCUUCUGAUUAGUAAAACUUCAGAGAUCCAUCCAUCUAUUUUGGAGCUGGAUUAGAGACCAGAGAGAAGAUGGAAGGACAAUGUCCAGCAGAUGGAGGAGUUGGAAAAGGCCCUCCAGUUACUCAGCUUCAGAGCUGUGGGGAAAAUGGGGCAAGUUCUGGGCAGAAGAGCCAAGAGGAAGAAGCCAGCAGUUCAGAGGUCCAGUGCUGUCACUUCAGAAAAGUGCAGUUCCAGGAGGGGAAGAGUCCCAGAGAUGUUUGCAGUCAGCUUCACCAUCUUUGCUGUCAAUGGCUGCAGCCAGAAAAACACACAAAGGCUCAGAUGCUAGACUUGGUGCUCCUGGAGCAAUUCCUGGCUGUCCUUCCCCCAGAGAUGGAGAAAUGGGUGCGGGAGUGUGGAGCAGAAACCAGUUCCCAGGCGGUGGCCCUAGCCGAAGGCUUCCUCCUGGCCCAGGUGUCUGAAAAGAUGCAGAAGUCCUUGGAAGCUAUCAGUAAAUAUCCCAAGGGAAGGAAAGAGUCAUUCAGAUCUUCUCAAGAGCUGCUCUUCAGAGAGACCUUACAGAAAGGUCAAAGUCAGGACACCACUCCAGAGAGUAGAAAGCCGUCCUUGGAAAUUUUAGAAUCACCUCUGCUUUGUAGUGGAGAUGAAGAAUUGGCUGAACCGCUAAUUCGGGAUGUUACGUCUUUUGAGGAAGUGGCCGUGUGUUUCUCCGAGGAGGAGUGGUCUCAACUGGAUGCCGACCAAAAAGCUCUCCACGAAGAAGUCAUGCUGGAGAAUUCCAGGAAUCUGUUUUCUCUGGGCUAUAAUGGGCAGGAGAAUAGGAAUUGCAAGAAGGAAUGCCAAGCAAUCCUUUUGAAAGAGGGGAAAGGGAAGCCAUAUCAAUGCAUGGAGUGUGCAAAGGCCUUUAGCAGGAAAAGAGCUCUGAUUCAGCAUAAAUCUAUCCAUACAGAGGGGAAGUUAUAUCAAUGCAUGGAAUGCGGAAAGACCUUCUCUUAUUAUAGCUCUCUUCUAGUCCAUCAAAGGAAUCACAAAGGAGAAAGACCUUAUAAAUGCAUGAAGUGUGGAAAAAGCUUUACUUGUAGCAGUAGUCUCAAUUCCCAUAUGAGGAUUCACACAGGAGAGAAGCCAUAUCAAUGCAAGGAGUGUGGAAAGACCUUUACUUGCAGCAGUACUCUCAAUUCCCAUAAGAGGAUCCACACAGGAGAGAAACCAUAUCAAUGCGAGGAAUGUGGAAAGACCUUCUCUCAUAAUUACUCUCUUAUAAUCCAUGAUAGGAAUCACAAAGGAGAGAAACCUUAUAAAUGCAUGGAAUGUGGAAAGAGGUUUACUUGUAGUAGUAGUCUCAAUUUUCACAACAGGAUCCACACAGGAGAGAAGCCAUAUCAAUGCAUAGAGUGUGGAAAGAGUUUUAGCAGGAGUAGUCACCUUACCUCCCAUAAGAGGAUGCACACAGGCGAGAAACCGUAUCAAUGCAUGGAGUGUGGAAAGACUUUCUGUUACUCUAAGUCUUUUAUAAUGCAUCAAAUGAAUCACAAAGGAGAAAGACCUUAUAAAUGCAUGGAGUGUGGAAAGAGCUUUACUUGUAUCAGUCAUCUUAAUACACAUAAGAUGAUCCACACAGAAAAGAAACCAUAUCAUUGUGUUGAGUGCGGAAAGACCUUCAGUUAUAACCGUUCUCUUAUACUCCAUCAAAGGAUUCACAAAGGAGAAAGACCAUAUCAAUGCAUGGAGUGUGGAAAGUUCUUUACUUGUACCGGUAGUCUUAAUUCACACAAAAGGACUCACACAGAAGAGAAGCCAUAUCAAUGCAUGGAGUGUGGAAAGACCUUUACUUUUACCAAUCAUCUUGAUUCCCACAAGAAGACCCACACAGGAGAGACACCAUAUCAGUGUGAGGAGUGUGGAAAGUCGUUUACUUGUACCGGUAGUCUUAAUUCCCACAAGAAGACCCACACAGGAGAGAAGCCAUAUCAAUGCAUGGAGUGUGGAAAGAGGUUUAGUAGGAAAUAUGCUCUGAUUCACCAUAAAACUAUCCAUACAGAAGAUAAGCCAUAUCAAUGCAUGGAGUGUGGAAAGACCUUCUGUUAUUAUAACUCUCUUGUAAGACAUCAAACAAAUCACAAAGGAGACAGACCUUAUACAUGCAUGGAGUGUGGAAAGACCUUUACUUGUACCGUUAGCCUUAAUUUCCACAUGAGGAUGCACUCAGGAGAGAAGCCAUAUAAGUGUGCUGAAUGUGGAAAGGGCUUUAGGUGGAAUUCUGCUCUUACCACGCAUAAAAGGAUCCACACAGGAGAAAGGCCAUAUCAAUGCAUGGAGUGUGGAAAGACCUUUACUUCUGGCAGUAAUCUUAAUUCCCACAAGAGGAUCCACACAGGAGAGAAGCCAUAUCAGUGCAAAGAAUGUGGAAAGACCUUUACUUGUAGCAGUAGUCUCAAAUCCCAUAAGACAGUCCACACAAGAGAGAAACAAUAUAAAUGUGUGGAAUGUGGAAAGGGCUUUAAGUGGAAUUCUGCUCUUACCACACAUAAAAGGAUCCAUACAGGGGAAAGGAAGCGAUAUCAAUGCAUGGAGUGUGGAAAAAUGUUUACUCAUAGCAGUAGUCUCCAUUCUCAUAAGAGGAUUCACACAGGAGAAAAGCCAUAUCAAUGCAUGGAGUGCGGAAAGACCUUUAGUAGGAAAAAUGUUCUGAUUCAGCAUAAAACUAUCCAUACAGAGGAGAAGUUAUAUCAAUGUAUGGAAUGUGGAAAGACCUUCUCCUAUAAUAGCUCUUUUAAAAUCCAUCAAAGGAAUCACAAAGGAGAAAGACCUUAUAAAUGCAUGGUGUGUGGAAAGACUUUUACUUGCAGUAGUAGUCUCAAUUCCCAUAAGAGGAUCCACACAGGAGAGAAACCAUAUCAAUGCAUGGAGUGUGGAAAGACCUUUCCUUGUAGCAGUCGUCUUAAUUCCCAUAAGAGGAUCCACACAGGGGACAAGCCAUAUCAAUGCAAGGAAUGUGGAAAGACCUUCUCUUAUUAUAGCUCUCUUAUAGUCCAUCAUAGGAAUCACAAAGGAGAAAAACCGUAUAAAUGCAUGGAGUGUGGAAAGGCUUUCAGUAGUAGUAGUCAUCUUGCCUCCCAUAAGAAGAUCCACAGAACAGAGAAAUCAUAUCAAUGCACGGAGUGUGGAAAGUCCUUCAGUUAUUCUAAGUCUUUUAUAAGGCAUCAAAUGAAUCACAAAGGAGAAAGACCUUAUAAAUGCAUGGAGUGUGGAAAGAGCUUUACUUGUACCAGUCAUCUUAAGACUCAUAAGAUGAUCCACAUAAUAGAGAAGCCAUAUCAUUGUGUGGAGUGCGGAAAGGCCUUCAGUUAUAAUCGUUCUCUUACAAUCCAUCUACGGAUUCACAAAGGAGAAAGACCAUAUCAAUGCAUGGAGUGUGGAAAGACCUUUGCUACUAGCAGUCAUCUGAAUUCUCACAAGAGGAUCCACACAGGAGAGAAGCCAUAUCAAUGCAUGGAGUGUGGAAAGACCUUUAUUUUUACCAGUAAUCUUGAUUACCACAAGAAGAUCCACACAAAAGAAAAACCAUAUCAGUGUGAGGAGUGUGGAAAGACAUUUGUUUGUACCAGUAGUCUUAAUUCCCACAAGAAGACCCACACAGGAGAGAAGCCAUAUCAAUGCAUGGAGUGUGGAAAGAGCUUUAGUAGGAAAAGAGAUCUGAUUUACCAUAAAUCUAUCCAUACAGAGGAAAAGCCAUAUCAAUGCUUGGAGUGUGGGAAGAGCUUUAGUUGCAGCAGACAUCUGGAUUCCCACAAGCGGAUCCACACAGGAGAAAAGCCAUAUAAAUGUGUGGAAUGUGGAAAGUUCUUUAGGUGGAAAUCUGCUCUUACCAUCCAUAAAAGGAUCCACACAGGAGAAAGACCAUAUCAAUGCAUGGAGUGUGGAAAGACCUUUGCUAGUAGCAGUAGUCUUAAUUCCCACAAGACGAUUCACACAGGAGAGAAGCCAUAUCAAUGCAAGGAAUGUGGAAAGACCUUUGCUAGUAGCAGUCAUCUGAAUUCCCACAAGAAGACUCACACAGGGGAGAAGCCAUAUAAAUGUAUGGAGUGUGGAAAGAGCUUUAGUAGGAAAUAUGUUCUUACCACACAUAAAAGGAUCCACACCGGGGAGAAACCAUAUCAAUAAAGGGAAGUGUGGGACUUCCAAUUGACAUCGCGGCAAUACAGACACUGGCGAAUGGGUGUUCCCUUUCCUGUGCUGAAUUCUUCAUGUUUGUGGGCUCCGGAGGGAGCCAAUGCCAAUCUGAAGGAGUGAUGAAGCAAAGGGGGGCACCCUGUGAGGUCGGGGAGAGUUGCAACUCUUCUGUCUCGCCCUGGGUUUUUUCCCCCUCUCAGCCACGUCAAGAAGAAGCAGACUAAAUAUGGCUGCUGCAACGAAGUAUAACAGCUAAGAAUGGUGCUGGAGAGAAGAAGGUGAGCCGUGUUGGAACUGGGGGAGAGGAUUUUUUUUCUGCACUAAAUUUAACCCCAAGAAAUAAUUUCGAACCAUCUGCCCAGAACUAUGUAUUAAAGUUGCAUUUAAGCAUUUUGGGGCACCUUGAAAUAAUGCCUAACCAGAAAUGGAGGCGCAGGAGAGUAAAUAAUAGACUUUGAAAUAAAUAGAAAAGUGGAUUCCUAAACUGGGAAGAAGCGGUACUGGGAAGGCACUCUUAAAUGUUGGAAUUAUAUAUUUACAAAACUCAUUCUGCUUUUUCAAUUGUUUUAUAACCAAAACCAGGACAGACUUGUAAACUGAAAUCUAAGAGGAGAGUGCCACCUGUUGAUAAAAAGGAAAAUAACAAGCCUUCCACUGAACGUCUUUCCAUUGGAUUAUUUUUAGUUACUCUAUGAGUAUUGGAGAUUCAAAUAUGAAAAUGUGGAAGUUAUUCAAUUAGAGACAUCUGAAUAUUAUACUAGAUGAUUGAAUUUGUAAAAAAGGACAUAAAGGGGCUUUUGAUAACUUCUGGGACUACUUAAAUGGAACUGAUUGUUAACCCAUGAGACAUAAAGAAAUGGGACUAGUCUACUACCUGAAGGGUAAUUCAAAGACCGAAUAAAUAGUUCUUGAACUGUUGGAUAAAAGUUAAUUUCUCUUUUUUUCUAAAAAACAAAAACAAAAUAUGAAUGAGUGGAAUUAUACAGGAGAUGGGUUUACUCUUGCAAAAUACAAAAUACAUUAUGGAUAAAUGAUUUUAAAGAGAUCAUGGGAAAAAUGGAAAAUACCAUACAAGGAAUGAUGAGUACAGACCCAGGUGCCCAGGAAAGGGAGGAGUCAAAAGAAGAAAUGAAGAAGAAAGAAGACAAAGAGGAGUUAACAAUGAAAAUAAUAGUGAUUGAUGAAUUAAACCAGGGUUAGUGAGUUGGAAGAAAUGUUAAAUGGAGACAGGAGCCUGGGUAGAAAUUUUAAAAAUUAGGCAGUGUAAGAGGGUAGAGGUGGGAGGAAUACUUAGAUUGGACAUUCGAGAAAUAGACAUAGACAGAGAUUUAAGAGAGGAAUUUGUGAGGCAAAUUUAAAAAAAAAGAAGCAAUUAAAGUAUUGAAGUGGGCAAGAAAUGAUGGAUAGAUGAUUUUAUUGUUUAUUGUUGUUUUGAUUCGCUUUUCCUUUUUCCUAUCUUUUAAAGCAUAGCAAUUUAAAGUAUGAAGCGGGCAAGAGAUGAUUGUGGAUGAUUCUGUUUUUUGUUGUUUUGAAUUGCUAGAAGUUAGGAAAGAAAUAAAAAGUUUCUCAAUAAAGGGUGAUAUGGUUAAAAGCUAGAAUAAGUGAUAA